AUGGCUAUGGAAGUUACACAAAUCCUCUUAAAUGCUCAAGCAGUGGGUGCUUCUUUAAGGAAGCAAGCUGAAGAUAACUUGAAACAGUUCCAGGAGCAAAAUCUUCCAAAUGUCUUGUCUUCUCUUGCGGGAAAAUUGGCAAAUGAUGAGAAGCCUUCUGAGAGGAGGAGGCUAGCAGAGUUAAUUCUCAAGAACGCUUUGGACUCCAAAGAACAACACAAAAAGAUUGAGUUUGUUCAAAGAUGGCUGGCUAUGGACCCAACUUUUAAAGCACCCGUUAAAGCAUUUUUGUUGAGGACUCUAUCUUUUCCUUCUCCAGAUGCUCGAUCAACUACAUCUCAAGUUAUAGCAAAAAUUGCUGGCAUUGAAUUACCCCACAAGAAAUGGCCUGAGUUGAUAGGAUUCCUCUUGUCAGAUGCUCAUCAACUUCUUGCUCCUACUAGGCCGGCAACUCUCGAGCCCCUUGGAUACAUUUGCAAAGAAGUAUCCCCCGAUGUGGUAGAGCAGGAUCAUGUAAUAAGAUACUCACUGAGGAAUGAACUCUACAGAAGAAAACAAUGA